ACUACCGCGUUUUUCGCGCGCUAAAUUAACAUACAGCUACCUUCGUUGUGAUUGGUCAGCUCAAUGGCACUUCAUUGAAUAUUUCAAAGUGAACAGCAAUUAUUCUACAUAAUAAUAAUAUUCACAUUCAUAACAUCGAACCAUCAAAUUGUGAUCAAUUCAAACAUUGAAUCUGUUUUUCCUCCUAUAAUUCAUCUAGACAGAAAUUGGAAAAGUUAUACUAUUGGUAGUAGUAGUAGUAGUAGUAGUAGUAGUAGUAGCUAUAAUUCGCAAAAAAAGAAUGACAGUUGACUUUCUAUCAUGUGGAACGUGUUUUAUUACUUUCCGCCUCUCUGAUAUUAAUAUGUUUAUCGAGCAUAAAAAGGCAAGUUGUUGUUUCUUAAGAUCACCGUUUACUUCAAAUUUAGAAAAUAACAAACAUUCUUCAUUGUUACCAUCAUCAACAUCAUCAUCAUUAGAGACGCCUUCAUCAACAUCGUCGUUUUCGUCUUCACCUCCAUUGAUGACAUUAUCAUGUUCAAAUGUUAUGGACAAUAUUAAUAAUAAUAAUAGUACUUUAUUAGAAUCACAAAAUAGUAGUACUAGCUUUUUAAAAUGUGUUCAAUGCUCUCGUAAAUUCACAACCCCAUGGACAUUUUUAAUGCAUGUUCAAGUUGAACACCAAUUAAUAUUUAUUGAUACAAUUGAAAAAUUUUCUAAAACACAUGAACAACAAUUAAAAAAUACAUUAUCGUCAAAUGUUGAAGAAUUAUUGAAUGAAACCAAUGUUAAUAACAAUGAUUUUAAUGUUGAUGAUGAUGAUGAGGAUGAUGAUGAUGAUCAGUGUGAAAAUGGUGUAUUGCAUACAAUUGAUAAAUUACUUUCAGAAAAAGUGAACAAUUCCGAUUCUGAUACAACAAUUGCUUCUACUAUUACAAAUGUUGAUGAGAAAUAUAUUAGUCCUAAUAAUAAUAACAAUAAUAAUGAUACAAAUAGUACUAGUGAUACACCUACUAUUACAAGUAACACUGCUCAUACCGAUAACAGUAGUAGUAUUAGUACUAAUAGUAACAGUCAUAAUGCAUCAACACAAACUUAUCUAACUGGAAUUAAACAACAUAGUAUACCUCAUAGAAAACGCAAAUAUGUUAGUUGUUGCAUAGGUGAAUCAACAGUGACUUGCAAUAAAUUUAAUAAUAUAAAAACUUGUUCAAAUGUGAAAAGUUGUAAUCUUACACUUUCAUCGUGUUGUAAUAAUUUAUCGACUGGAAUAUGUCCAUAUAAUCUUAGUAGCAACAAUAAUAAUAAUAACAGUAAUAAUAGUAAUAAUAACAAUAAUGAUAAUAAUAGUAAUGGCAGUUCUAUGAAUUCUGAUAUUUAUGUUAGUGAUUAUUGUUGUACUACAGGAUCAAUUAUUUGUAAACCGACAACAUGUUCAAAUUUAUUAAAUACUAAUGAAAUAAUUACACAAGAUACAUCGAGAUGUACUGCAUCUACGGCAAUUGUUAGUUGUUGUAUGCGUAAACUUGUUUGUUGUACAUCAACACCGGUAACAUUACCAAUAUGUUGUGAUCGAUCAAUGCAAAAUGAAAUUAAUAAUAAUAAUUUUAUUAUUCAAGAAACAAAAACUACCAAUACUGCUCGAAUUACAUGUUGUCCUUGUUCACCGAAAAGAUCAAUAAUCAGUCAGUCAUCUGAAGUACAAACUGAUUUCGAUCCAGAAUUCAGUUAUUCUGAUUAUGCUGAUUUAGCAAUGUUAUUAAAUGCAGCUACACCGACAACAAUUACAAGUCCAUUAAAUUCAAUAUUAUCACCACAAUUACCAUUAUUAUCAGACAUGACCAUACAACAAUCAUCAUCACCUCCAACACCACCACAACAACAAAAUAAUGAUAAUGAUGAAUAUUGUCAAAAUAUUGAAUUACAUUUAAAAAAUGACAUAAUUAAUAAACCUUAUAUUAGUGUUGUAAAUAAUAGUAAUUCUAAAAUAAAUGAUAAUUAUUUAUCAUCACAAAUUGAUCAUAUCAAUAAUACAAAUACAGAUAUUGAUAAUGAUAAUUCAAUUAUAUUGAAUAAUUCCUCAUCAUUAUUGUCAACAAUACCGACAACAAAUGUUGACAUAGAUGUAACAAUGAAAUCAAUGCCUGUUUCGUCUGGAAAUGCCAUAAUUACAUCGAAUGUUAAUAAUAAUGAUAACAUGAUCACAUCCACUGCCAAUGUUAUCUUUCAAAUGCCAACAAUAAUGCAUACAAAUUUGAUUACUUGUCCUAAUAUUGAUAAUAAAAUUAAUAAUAACAAUAAUGUCAAUAAGUAUUACUGUGAUUCAAUUCCACCACGACGUUAUAUCUGUCGUGAUUGUGGUACAUCAUUUCGUCAAAAUGUUCACUUACGUAAACAUAUCAUGAUACAACAUACUAAAGUAAAACCAUUCAGUUGUCCUUAUUGUCAAUAUACAACUGUUGAAAAAAGUCAUCUUACUGUACAUAUACGUACGCAUACAGGUGAAAGACCAUUUAGUUGUCGUGAAUGUAAUUAUUCAUCCGCUCAAAAUUGUACAUUAAAAUCACAUUAUUUACGUAAACAUCCAACUAAUUUAAUUAAAUGUAAUUAUUGUACUGAAUUAUUUUUUACUGAAUUAGAAUUAACUAAACAUCUACGUGGAUGUAGUUCAUCUUUUCGUCAACAGUAACAAAUUAUUGUAAAUUGUAUUAUUAUUUUUUUUUAAACAAAAGAAGAAAGUAACUCCGGUGUAUUUUUUUCGUAGAUUCAUAAUAACAUGGUGUUAUUUGUACAGGUUUAGGCGAUUAUUACUAUUAUUAUUAGCACUAUCAACAUUGUCUGUGAUUAUUUGUAUAUUAUCAUUAUUAUUUACUGUUGUAUUCACUAUUAAUACCAAUACUAUUACCACUAUCAACUA